CUGUAGCGCUUCGUGUAGUGUAAUUUUGGGUAUACAAGCAAAAGCUGUUUACAUCUAAAGCCAGUAUAUCUAUAUUCAUUCUUGACAGAAAUAGGUGAGCUAAAAAUAAGUCGCCUGUCAAUGGUGAGCGGCUUGUGGCGUAAAGUGCGUGAAGUGAUUUAGCCCAUUGAUCAACAGUGGCUCAGAGGCGGGUCUCGCAGUAGUGGCGUCAUUCUGAAGGAGCCGAAGAUGGCUCCGCGAUGCUCUACAGCGGUUUGUGUAUGCGUCAACGCUCAUCUGUCAAGACCCACAUUUAUGUGAAAAGGAAGAAGGAAAACUGAAACAGUAGAGGGACAGAGACGCACAGUCGGUGUUAAACAGCGUGCACUGCCUGUUCUGACCGACCAACACCGAGCAGCCAUGGGUUCGUCCACAGAUGAAGAAUUUAAAGAAAAAUUACUAUGGAAUGUGAAAAGAGAGGUGAAGCAGAUCAUGGAGGAGGCAGUGACUAAGAAGUUUGUGCACGAGGACAGCAGCCACAUCAUAGCACUUUGCAGUACUAUUGAAGCAUGCCUGACCCACUUGCUGAAGCGGCGGGCAGCUGGCUUCCUGCGGAGCGACAAGAUCGCCGCCCUCUUCACCAAGAUCGGCAAGGUGAACGCCACGACGGCCGAGGUGUGCUGCAAGGUGCAGGAGCAGCUGCAGCAGCAGGCCGAGAUCACCAGGAGAGCACCGAGCACAGCACAGGAGCCCCUCAGGAGGCAGGGUUCCUCCGCAGGUCGUGCCCCCCAGCCCCUCUCAGCACAGGCCAUCAAGCACAUCUGGGUCCGCACGGCCCUGUUCCAGAAGGUCCUGGACAAGAUUGUGCAAUACAUAGUGGACAACUCCAGUAAGUACUAUGAGAGGGAGGCCCUGAUGCACGACUCUGUGUUUGGACCCAUCCUCGCUGCUCUGCUGGUUGGUCCGUGUGCUCUGGAGUACACUAAGCUCAAGACCUCUGACCACUUCUGGACGGAUCCCUCGGCCAAUGAGCUCGUCCAGCGGCACCGUAUCCAUGGAGCCCACCGAGGACAAGAGUCUUCCCCCAGCCGCAGGCCUGCUCUCGGGAUCCGGAAGAGGCAGUCCAGUGGGAGUAUGACUGAGGACAAGUUUGCUGCCUCGGCGCGGGAGUACGUGGAGUCGCUGCAUCAGAACUCACGGGUUCACCUGCUCUAUGGCAAAAACAAUGUGCUGGUCCAACCUAAAAAGGACAUGGAGGUUUUGAGGGGUUAUCUGUCCUUGCACCAGACUGUAGAAACGCUCACUCUCAAGUGGACGCCCAAUCAGCUGAUAAAUGGCACUUUGGGGGACUGCGACCUGGAUAAGAGUGUAUAUUGGGACUAUGCUCUGAUCGUGCCUUUACGACAGAUUGUCUGCAUCCACUGUCACCAGCGACCGGACUGCGGUGGCACCCUGGUGCUGGUGAGUCAGGAUGGCAUCCAGCGGCCGCCCCUGCACUUCCCCCCCGGGGGGCACCUACUGGCCUUCCUGUCGUGCCUGGAGAAUGGCCUCUUGCCCCGGGGGCAGCUGGAGCCCCCUCUCUGGUCCCAGAGGGGCAAGGGUAAAGUCUUCCCUAAGUUGCGGAAGAGGAACAGCACGGCGCGGCUGCUGGAGAGUGAUGGCGAGGGGGACGAGCAGGUGGCCGCUGACUACGUGUUCCGCAUCGUCUACCCCGGGCAUCGCCACGACUCCAUCACUAUUAACUACCACCACACCACGGGCAGUCGCGCGCCCUCGCUGGACGACGAUGAGGAGGAGGAGGAUAGACUUCACGCAAUGAUCUCAAUGAUCUGCUCGCGGAACCUCACAGACCCUAAUGUCAUGAAAGACCAUGGGGACAUGGCGGAGAUCCCAGGUCUGGGGGGCAGUCCCCUGUCAUGGCAGCAGGGGGAGAGUGCCAGUCACCUGUCGUCAUGCCUCUCCUGCUCCACCGGGGGCAGCAAUGCGUCUUUCGAGCUUCCACCUGGCUGCACCUGCAUGCACGAUAGAAUCCCAUUGAAGAUGCUCUGCCAGAACAUGAAGAGGCAGAUCAUGUCACGAGCCUUCUACGGAUGGCUGGCCUACUGUCGACACCUCUCCACAGUGCGGACACACCUGUCAGCGCUGGUCAACCACAACAUUGUGCCCCCGGAUAAACCCUGCGAGGCAUCGGGUGGCCUCAGUAAAGAUGUCUGGAGCAAGUACCAGAAGGACUGCAAGAACUACAAAGAGCUUGAGCUCUUGCGAUUGGUUUACUAUGGAGGGGUGGAGCAUGAGAUCAGGAAGGAGGUGUGGCCAUUCCUGCUCGGUCACUAUAAGUUUGGGAUGGGGAAGAAGGACAUGGCACAGAUCGACGAGAAGAUCACAGCCAGGUAUCAGCAGGUGAUGCGUGAGUGGAAGGCCUGUGAGGUGAUCGUCAAGCAGCGGGAGAAGGAGAUGCAGUCGGCCAUCUUUGCCAAGCUCUCCUCGGGGAGCAGCAUCGACAGUCACGUCCUGCGCCUGGUGCACCGAGACUCUACUCUCAGUAACGAGGGCGUAGGUUUGGUCUCAGCUAUGGUGUUCAUGUCUGUGGACGACCCCGACCCGAGUAGCCAGGACACUCCCGGGGGGAGCGACAGCACCCCGACCCUGACCACGGUGGUCACCCCUGCGGCCCUGGCCCUUGACGAGAGGCCCUUGGUGGAGUUCGACUCCCCGGACUCAGGCCUGCCUUCUUCCAGGAACUACUCUGUAGCCUCAGGCCACUCACAGAUCCUGUCCAGCAUCGAGGAUGGCCAGAGCAUGGAGGACGAGCCCAGCGAGGAGUCCCAGUCGCAGGCGUCCCAAGAGCUGCCCAGCCGCCAGGACUCGCUGACGGAGGAGCGGCUCAGCACUCCCAUGGACAAACCAGAGACCACUGCCUCCAUUCCACCAUCUUUCUCCUCUUACACGAUUGAACUGCUGGACACAGUGGCACUGAACCUUCACAGAAUUGACAAAGACGUACAGCGCUGUGACCGCAACUACCACUACUUCACGACCAGCAACCUGGAGAAGCUACGCAACAUCAUGUGCAGUUAUGUAUGGGAGCAUUUGGAGAUGGGCUAUGUCCAAGGCAUGUGUGACCUGCUGGCUCCUUUAAUGGUUAUCUUAGAUGAUGAGUGCCUGGCUUACAGCUGCUUCACCCAGUUAAUGAAGAGGAUGAGUCAGAACUUCCCUAAUGGUGGCAGAGCGAUGGACACACACUUCGCCAACAUGAGGUCCUUGAUCCAGAUCCUGGACUCUGAGCUGUUUGAGCUCAUGCACCAGAAUGGAGACUACACCCACUUCUACUUCUGCUACCGCUGGUUCCUGCUCGACUUCAAAAGAGAACUUCUGUAUGAGGACGUCUUCGCUUUCUGGGAGGUCAUCUGGGUGGCUCCCGGGAUCUCCUCCAGGCACUUUGUCCUGUUCAUCGCCUUGGCCUUGGUGGAAGUGUACCGGGACAUCAUCCUGGACAACAACAUGGACUUCACAGACAUCAUCAAGUUCUUCAAUGAAAUGGCAGAGCGUCAUGAUGUUCAGCAGAUCCUUCAGAUUGCCCGGGAGUUGGUACACAAGGUUCAAAUGCUCAUCGACAACAAGUGACCUAAGAGUGGACGGGAAGAAACAAGAAGACCGAAAACAAAUGGAGAGGAGAGGAGAGGAGAGGAGGUUGGAAGGAGAGACAGCUGACCACCUCAAUGCCUCUGCCGAUAACAGACCUCAGACAGUGUCCCUCUCAUGCCCCCCCCCACCUGUCUCGCCCUCUCCUACAAAGAGUGUUAACACUAGUGUGUCUCUCUUUCUCUCUCUCUCUCUCUCUCUCUCUCUCUCUCUCUCUCUCUCUCUCCAUGGUUCAGAGACACUGGGACCAAAGCUGCUCUCCUAACCUGCCCAGGAACAGGUAGGGGAGAGCGGGGGGCAUCCCUGAGAGAGGACCCCCCCUCUCCCACAGUACUUCCAGUCUUGAUAUCUAUUGCCUGUCACAGAAUGCCGUGGUGUCAGACCGUUGAGUCGUCUGCAUGCUUGUGAUGCUUGAUCACACUGUGACUGACGUUUUGAAGCUAUCCACACCUCCAGCAGCAGUGUGCAAACACAUACACAAAGCACAUACACACACACACACACACACACACACACACACUCUCACACACACAUCCAUACACCCAUACCCAUGCCACAGCUAUCAGGUGGUUUCGAUCACUAAUUUUGUACUGACUAGUAUGCCUAAUAUGAAGGCCAUCACAGAGUUCUAAUGAGCAAGCCAGUGACUGUUCCUCCCCACCCUCCCCCCAGUCCCUCGAUAUGAAUCACAAGUAUUAUGCCUGUCCGUGAUUCUGAACACUCAGAAAAAAAAACAUGGACGGUCUUGCAGACGUUCUUGUAGUUACCAGCUGCAAAAGGCAGCCAUGCUAACUGUGUAGUGAUGUUACAGUGCACAUGUUCCAGCCGUCGACGGACCACCGGGUUUGUGGACGUCGUCACCAUCCCAGACUUGACUAGCUCUGUAAGCCACGAAGAAAACAAGACUGUCCAUUUGUGACCAAAAAGACUGUGCCAACAUGAUGAUGACUUUUUGUCAUAGUAUUUGUAUUCCACACAAACGCGCAAAACUUUACCAGUCGCUUUUCUUAACAAAAGAAAAACAGAAAUUUGUUUUCUUGCCCUCAUUAUUGAGAUCCACAAUCCCUUCACUGCCAUUAAUGCCCAGUCACUUAUACAGCACUAUGAGUUGAUGAUGCCUUUGCUGCAUUUUUUUCCGUGACACUAUUUGCACUUUGACUCUGCGGCCAGGCUCGCUCUGGUGAAGCCUGCUAGGAAGGGACGGCAGGUGGAGGUGCUUGUCCUGGCCGCACAGCUUCCUUUUACUCCAGGACGUCGGGGUGACCCCCUGAGAGCCCUGGCUAGGAGGCACGAGUGGAGCUGCACCAGGAGCUUUUCCCAUGCGGUUGCCCAAAGGGGUUCAGUUUAGUGCAAUGAGAUGUCCCCAGUGCUUCUCAUAGACACACACACACACACACACACACACACACACACACGCACACAAAUACACACACAUAAUCUCUGGUAGUCUAGAGAACCUAUACACGCAACCAGCGUGAAGUGAAUGGCAGCUCCUGGCAAAAAUUGCAAGCCACAAUUAAAAUGGAGGGAAAUGAAAUAGCACAGAAUAUGGAUGAUUUCAUUCAUCUUUCAGUUGUUUUAUUUAUAUGGAAUCUCCCAGUCAACAGUUUUAAAACAGCCCCAUUUUCCAGUUAUAUGGAUUUAAUCAAAAGAGUAACAUUUUGCAGCAUCAUACAGGAUCCUCCGGCUUACGGCUAGGUAGUCAGAAGUUCGUUCUACAGUAAGAUAAUGACCCAGAACACCUCCAGGCCAUGCCAGAACUACCUUAGAAAAGAACUAGAUGGAGUGAUCUGGUUUUGGAUAGGUGACAGCAACACAUUUGUGAGUGUCGCAACAGUGCUGCUUCCUGACCGAUUUUUAAUUUCCAUUAUAGAAACAAAGCCACAAAUGUGUUCAGCUGUUGUAUCUGCAAAGUAUGGCUACCAUGAUGCAUCAAAAUUGAGAUUAAAUUGUGUUAACAAAACAAUAUGCUUACCUUUUUAUCUCUAAAUAUGUUUUGUUCCGUACUUUAAUUUCAGAGUAUAAGUAUAUAUAUACUCUUUUGAUCCCGUGAGGGAAAUUUGGUCUCUGCAUUUAUCCCAAUCUGUGAAUUAGUGAAACACACA